UCAUGGAAGUUUGAUUUUUAGUCGAGUUCGAUGUGCACAAAAUACCGCACCCUAACCUUUUGCUCUUCAAAAUGGCGUUGGGAGACGAAAUUGUUGCUGCCGGUGAACCAGAGGAAAAGGAAGAAGCAGAGGAGGAGGAGGAAGAAGAGGACUUAAUUGAUCCUCAUUCGGUAUUAAGGGACGAUUGUGCUGCAAAACCGAAAUGUGCUGAGUUAAAGGAAAUACUGGACAAGUGUAAUGAAAGAGUAGCUGUUAAACCUGCCAUUGAAGAGGAGACUUGUGAAGAGGAAUUGAUAGAUUAUGUGCAUUGUGUUGAUCAUUGUGCAGCAAGAGCAUUAUUUGGAAAAUUAGCAUGAUGUGAAUAAGCAUAGGUUAACAUUUAUUGUCAGACAAUUGUGAUCAAGUUGGAGCUUGGUGGAAAUCACGCCAGAAAGAGACUUUUUAAAUGAAUCCCACACUGGAUACAACAGAAAGACCAUUUUGACAUUUAUUCCAUUUUGGCUUAGAAGCAUUAUGUAUGUUAGUUAUGAUUAAAAAUAUUUUGAGGUUUG